ACAAUCAAUAACCUUGACAUUGCUGGCUGUUAAGCAGAUGAAAGAGAGAGUGCAGUAAAUGCACUAAUAUUAGAGAUUGUACACAUUCCUUAAAGAUGUCCUCAGUUGGAUUGCAAAGGUUCUGUUUCCAUGUAAGCCGGCGAGCAGUGACAGGAGUUGGAAAUUCUAAACAUUACAGAGUUAAAGGAUCAGUACAAUCUUCAGCCAGUUCCUCCCUUCAGAAAAUUCGAAUUCUGCCUUUUACCACCAGUACAACCUCAAGUCGCCGGAAGACCUACACUUAUUAUAGUGGCACAGGGAGUGGAAAUGGUGGUCGAAAGGGAGGCUCCGGAUCCAAAGGCCACACUCAAUGCCCUCACUGUGGCUACACCAUGUUUCACAAGGACACCAGUGUUUUAACAAGUGUGAAAUGUGAAAAUUGUCAUGAGGUUUUAUUUUCCGCCUCUAAACAAGACAUGCCCAAAGAAAAAAUGAUGGAACCAGCGGAGAUCGUGAACAAAUUAAAUCAAUAUAUAAUUGGACAAGAUCAUGCCAAGAAAGUGUUAGCAGUGGCUGUGUAUAAUCAUUACAAAAGGAUAAACCAGCACAAGGCCAAAGUCCAGAGACAGAAGUGGGCAGAAGAAAGGGAGAGACAAGAUGUGAUAUUAUAUGAGAAGCAGAGGAAACCACCCUCCCAUGGCUUUAGUAUGGACAUCCGAGCAGCUGUUGCUAGUGAGAAUCACAAGGCGAGACUGGAGACAAUCCCAGUUACCCCUGUAGUAAAGCAAAAGGAGAGUCCUGAUAUACAGAUAGACAAAACGAAUAUUCUGAUGUUAGGACCAACAGGAACUGGUAAAACAUACAUUGCUCAAGUUCUGUCGGAGAUUCUGAAUGUGCCGAUCGUGAUCUGUGAUUGUACCAGUCUGACACAGGCUGGGUAUGUAGGAGAGGACGUAGAGAAUGUGGUGGGACGGCUUCUACAGAAUGCUAAAUUCAAUGUGGAGAAAUGCCAGCAAGGUAUUAUCUUUCUGGAUGAGGUGGAUAAAAUCAGUUCUAAGAAAGGAGGUCAAUUCCAGAGAGAUGUGGGUGGGGAAGGGGUCCAACAGAGUCUCCUUAAGAUGAUGGAGGGAGCUGUUGUUAAGGUCCCGGAUCUGAGUGGUAGUGGGAAAAAGACUAUUGAUGUGGACACGACCAACAUUCUCUUCAUCUUCUCCGGGGCCUUCAGCGGUCUCACCAACAUCAUAGAGAGAAGGACUAAUAUCAAGCCCUUUGGUUUUACGUCAGAACCCCAUGAAGACAAUAGUGGUGUCCUGGAGAUCGCCCACAACACGGAUGAUACAGAUAUAAAAAAAGACGAUAUCCUCCGUGCAGUGGAAGUGGACGACCUUGUAGGCUUUGGUAUGAUCCCGGAAUUCAUUGGAAGAAUCCCAGUAUUUGCAGUUUUUGAGAAUAUGACUACUGAGAUGCUGAUAAAAAUCCUUAAAGAACCCAGAAAUGCACUGAUUCCCCAGUAUGAAACUCUUCUAGAGAUGGACGGGACGAAAUUAACGUUUCACGAGGAAGCUUUGGUUGCCAUAGCAGAGAAAGCCAAAGCAUCGGGUACAGGAGCUAGGGCUCUCAGGAGUAGGCUGGAAAGUAUUCUACUGGAACCUAUGUAUGAGGCACCAGAUUCUGAAAUAGAGGAAAUCAUCAUAACCAAAGAGACUGUGAUUGAGAAGAAACAACCAGAAUAUGUACAAAAAUCAAAGGACUUAGUAGUGUCCCCUGAUAAAUUCAUCAUCAAACAGACAGUGCCUCCGUCCAUGAAAAUAAUGAAUCCACCAUCUCAGCCAUUAUAAUGUGACAUCAGAGAUAUAAAUAACAAUGGGGGGGGGGGGGGGGGGGGAUAAGACUGGAAAAAUGCCUAUUGUUAAAUGUAUACAGAAAAUCAAAAAUUUCCUGUUGCCUGUGUUGAAUCAGUGAUAUAUGUCACUUAGUUGAAUGGAUGUUUGUAAAAUAGAAAUUAUAUUGGAGAACACAGGUAAAAUUUGAUAAUAAAUACAGUAUUAGUGGUAUUUCAAUUGAAACCAGGCUGUAUGUACGCUCAUGCAGUUUUGGUUACUCAUCAGUUCAAAUGUAACCACUUGACCACUUGAUAUAAAUCAUAUUACAAAUCUAGAGUUGCCAUUUAAAUUUCUGAUAUUUCCAUGAUUGAUGUGAAUGUUUUGUAAUUGCAUUUUAAAUAUUUGGCCAGAGUUAUACUUUCUCUCUUUUUCAAGAACAAAUAAUAAAGAAAAAUAUACAAAGGAAUAAAAAUGCAUGUAUAUUGAAUUACGUAGCAAAAUUACUGUUUGAGAAAUAAAGAAUACAUAGAUAUUUUUAGAACUCAGUUAUUUAAAAACUAUCAUAAACUUUGCCUCCUCUUUUGUCAUCAAGUAUCUGAAAGAUUAAUUAGAAUUUCAAAUUUUAAUAUCUCGUCCCAUAGUCUUAAAAUUAAUUCAGGUAAGACAUGUUCUUUGUGGUGUAUUGAUUGACAAUGUUAUUUAUUUUCAUGCAAAUCGCUUCAGUUGAUGUGAAUUUUAAUCUAUAUUAGUAUGUUAUAAGAAAUGUGCAAUGAAGAUUCUGGAAAAUAAAAAAAAUUAUUUCAUUGUUA